UGGCAGCGUUUCACUGGUAGCUGUGAAACAAAACACAGCCUCUGUCUGUGAGUAAGGGAAAGAGAGAAAGGAAAGAGAGUGGAUGAGCAAGACAGAGAGAGGGAGAGCAAAAGGGGAUCAGGCGUACGAAAUAGUGGGUGAGACAGAUCCAGCAGGCGCUGUACAGAGACAGUGCAAGGCAGACAGGAGAAUGUCUCACCGGUUGCGGUUGUAUUUUGGCUCUGGUCGCAGCAACACAGCACCCGAGUUGGAGCAGCUGAACGGGGCGGCCGAGGACGGAGAUGAGAAUGUUACCAGUAACUGGAGAAGCCAUGGCGGCGCUGGAGCCGUGAGGGUCCGAACACAGUCACGAAAUGGAGGACAUGCUGAGAACUCAGAAUCGAGUGACGCCUUUCUUAAACGAAGUUCUUCCAUGUUCAUCCCACAGCUCCAGGGUCAAACCGAACCACGGACGACCAAGAGCACUUCUAUGCAGAUAUCUCUCCAACGUUUAUCAGGACCGCAAGAAGAUGUUCCCCUCGAUCCACCUCCAGGGUACCCACAGGACCCAGCUCCAGCCUACACUGAACCUGGAGUUGGAUGGCCCUUACCUCCACCUCCUGCCUAUCACAGAGGAGACAAUCCAUCCCACAGCGAAUCCAUCCUUGAACAAAGUCAACCAAACACCGAUCCCAACCAACCUAAGAGACAAGUAUUUUGUGUCCGGCCUGGUGAUGGACAAAACGGUUACACUAGAAUGAGUGUACCCAACAAAAAUCACCAAGGGAUUACCAUCAAUGGUUUCUGUAUCCAGAGAAGAUCUAUAGAUGGCUCGGACAUCCGACAGUUCAGUAUUGUGCCACACAACGAGGAUGGUCAGAAUGGCCAGUGUCACCGCUGGUCUGUCCAACAAAGCACGGACAGCGGUCCAGGCACCCAGAGACUUGUUUUCCAACUUCAACAGGACCAGGGACAUCAAACAAACCAAAAUUCUCCCCCUGAAGUGACGGAUUUGGGCUACAUGGGCUCAAAAGGUUGCCGUGUGGUGCGAUACCCUCGGAUCCGUUUGGAGAGGAGCGCAUCGCAGCCGUUACAACCCAGAGGAGAACCCGCACGCCUCGGUUCCAUGCCAGACCUUCAUGCACCAAUCUCAGAAAUGGAAACUGAGAGCGAGAUCGAUCAGAAUAAAGCUCAAGGCUGCACAUUCAAGAUUAGGCAAGAACAGAACUCCCGACAGCCCAAGUUUAAGAUAUAUUUCAGCCAGGGAGGUGAGCACAGCACCAUUACCGGACGAGAUAUUAGCUUUGGAAAGGUUCCUACCUGCUCCAUUCCACAGGCUCAGAUUGGUCAUGAUCGUUCCAAGAAUGGGCUUUUCAACCUGGGCCAGACUAGAGAUGACUUCCUCGGGCAGGUGGAUGUACCUCUUACCCAUUUACCGACGGAGGACCCUGCAAUGGAACGGCCAUACACAUUUAAGGACUUUCUUCUCCGUCCGAGAAGUCAUAAGUCUCGCGUGAAAGGAUACCUGAGGCUGAAGAUGGCUUACCUGCCAAAAAACGGCGGUCAGGAGGAAGAGACCAGUGAGACGAGGGAAGAGGCCGAGGGCUGGGAGGUGACCGACUCCACAGAUCCAGGGUCACAGAGACCCCAGCAGCUCCUGCCUCCUAUGCCCCCUGGCUGGGAAGAGAAGGUGGACAACUUGGGUCGCACCUACUACGUGAACCACAACAACCGCACCACGCAAUGGAAUAGACCCAGCAGUGUGGAUGUGGUCUCCGAAACGGAAAAUGAUAAUAACUUGCGGCAGAUUAACCAGGAAGCCCACAGAGUUUUCCGCUCUCGACGGCACAUCAGCGAAGACCUGGAAAAUGAGCAGCUGGACAUGCGAGACAUUGAUGAUUCAUGGGAAGUUGAACCCAUAUCAGAGGAGGAUCCUGCUUUACUGGGCGAGGGUCUGAAUCACUCUCUGUCCGGUCCCUCUUCGCUGGAAGUGCCCCUCUCCGUCACACCGGAGUUCUCCGAUGAGAUCAGCCUUAGAUUGUCUCUCGCUCCAGACACGAAUGGAGAGAUCCCCGGACCCAGCUCUGCUGUGCAGGGUCAUCUCUCCUCACGUCUCCGCUCCUCCAGCAUGACUGAUGGAGUCAGCGAUCCAGCUCAACCUCCCACACCAACGCAGAACCCGCAGCCCCGACGAACACGAGCACAAACAGUCACAGGCGUUGAGGACUCGAUGUCUCCAACGGCCAACUACGCCAUAACCACGCCGGGCCUUCCGCCAGGCUGGGAAGAACGCAAGGACCCCAAGGGUCGAACAUAUUUCGUCAACCAUAACAACCGCAGCACCACGUGGACCCGGCCCAUUCUGCAGCACACAGAAGAUGGAGCCAGUACCUCAGCUGCAGCAUCUGGUGGUGCUUCAGCAGCCCCACCCUCUGCUUCCACCCCCUCCUCCUCCAGCGGCCAUCUAAGUGAACCGCAAGUGCGUAGACCCCGUAGCCUCAGUUCCCCCACCGUCACGCUGUCUUCCCCCCCAGAGGGAGCUAAUAACGCCCCGGUACGGCGAGCCGUAAAGGACACGUUUUCAAACCCUCAGUCCCCACAGCCUUCACCCUACAGCUCACCCAAAUCCCAGCACAAGUCGACCCACAGCUUCCUGCCCCCCGGCUGGGAAAUGAGAAUGGCGCCCAAUGGACGACCGUUCUUCAUUGACCACAACAGCAGAAACACCACCUGGGAAGAUCCACGGUUAAAGUAUCCCGUUCACAUGAGGACAAAAGCAUCUCUAGACCCCGGUGACCUCGGCCCACUUCCUCCGGGGUGGGAGGAACGAGUGCAUGCAGAUGGACGGACCUUUUACAUCGACCACAAUACCAAAAAGACUCAGUGGGAAGACCCUAGACUGCAAAGUCCUGCCAUCACAGGACCCGCUGUGCCUUAUUCCAGAGAAUUCAAGCAGAAGUACGACUACUUCAGAAAGAAGUUAAAGAAGCCGGCAGAUAUUCCUAACCGCUUCGAGAUGAAGCUUCACAGAAACAACAUCUUCGAGGAGUCAUACAGACGCAUCAUGUCUCUGAAGAGACCAGACAGUCUGAAAGCUCGUCUGUGGAUUGAGUUUGAAUCAGAGAAGGGGCUGGACUAUGGAGGCGUGGCCAGAGAAUGGUUCUUCCUGCUCUCCAAAGAGAUGUUUAACCCUUAUUAUGGCCUGUUUGAAUACUCCGCCACGGAUAACUACACACUUCAGAUCAAUUCAAACUCCGGCCUCUGCAAUGAAGAUCACCUCUCAUACUUCAAGUUCAUUGGACGGGUGGCUGGCAUGGCCGUGUAUCACGGCAAACUGUUGGACGGUUUCUUCAUUCGACCGUUCUAUAAAAUGAUGCUGGGCAAGCAGAUCACGCUGAAUGAUAUGGAGUCAGUGGACAGUGAAUACUACAACUCUUUAAAAUGGAUUCUGGAGAACGAUCCCACAGAACUGGACUUGCGGUUCUGCAUUGAUGAGGACAACUUUGGGCAGACUUACCAGGUGGAUUUGAAGCCAAGCGGUUCAGACAUGGUCGUAACCAAUGACAAUAAAAAGGAAUACAUAGAUUUGGUGAUUCAAUGGCGGUUUGUGAACAGGGUUCAAAAGCAGAUGAACGCCUUUUUGGAGGGUUUCACCGAGCUCAUUCCUAUUGAUUUAAUUAAGAUCUUUGAUGAAAACGAACUGGAGCUGUUGAUGUGUGGUUUGGGAGAUGUGGAUGUGAAUGACUGGAGACAGCACACUAUCUAUAAGAACGGCUUCUGUCCCAAUCAUCCUGUGAUCCAGUGGUUCUGGAAGGCUGUGUUGUUAAUGGAUGCAGAGAAGAGGAUCAGACUUCUGCAGUUUGUCACCGGAACAUCCAGAGUGCCAAUGAACGGCUUCGCUGAACUCUACGGUUCCAAUGGGCCACAGUUGUUUACUAUAGAGCAGUGGGGAACACCUGACAAACUCCCUCGGGCUCACACAUGCUUUAACCGCUUGGACCUCCCGACUUAUGAGUCAUUUGAAGACCUGCGGGAAAAGCUUCUCAUGGCGGUGGAGAACGCCCAAGGCUUCGAGGGCGUCGACUAAAGAGACCCCUUAAUAAACACCUGAUCCCCUAGAGCAACCGAUGAGCAGAGACAUGUACAACAAACACAAACUUAUCGUCACACACACACACUCUCGAGUUGCCAUUGUACAGCCAGAUCCCAGCAUCUGCAGGCGUGUGAUGUCACACAGUAUAUGCAUGUAUCUGUCUAGCUGGAACACCAUGGGCUGUGAACCCCUUUCCGAGACGCCAAACAACUCUAUGUAUCCCUUCCCAACACCUUUUUUCUUUAAGUUACUCUCUAGGCCACUUUAGCGUUUGCAUCGACAGUAAUUCAAAGAAACGGAAAGAAUCAGCUCGGAUACACUUCAGUGUUUGAUGAAGCCUCAGUGGGUGUGGCCUCGGAGUGGGUGUGGCCUCGAUACAUCGAAACGACCACCGCGACCAAUCCCGUUUAUGCAUAUCUCGAUCGAACACUGCAGUGAAGAGGCAACGAUGAACUCGCUUAUCAGGUCUUAUUACCACCAGGUUACCUUAGGAAGUACAGCCAGGAUGAAGGGCGCCGCCUCAUCCUCACUUAUUCUGUCCACUCACCAAAUUUCUCCUUCCUUCCUCGAGGAUUGGUUUUUAUCUUUCGCAACGCCAAGAAGAAUCGGGAUGUUAAUAAUUGUUUUUAAUAGUUUAUUAUCGCUGUUAACAUUACUGUUAUCAUUCUUUCUGAGUAAACGGAUCUUUGCACCAACAACGUGGUUUACUUUUUUAAACGAAAAUGCAUCAGUGGCCUGGGUGUAUUGGAAUAGAUAUCCAUGUCGUCGUGGGUAGCGAAAAACAAGCAAACAAAAAAACAUGAUCAUCACGGUUAUUGUAUUGCUAUGAAACUGGCAUGAACACGUAUCUUGUGUUUCGAUAUGAUUACGUAGUAAUUAUAAAACUAUUCUCCUUCUUGGUGGAAAGUGAGAUCGGAGAGACGGAUGAACGAGGACAUGCAUUUGAAAUGCGAAUGAGGGUUUUCUUAAAAUGUAAUAAGUAUUGUUCUUAAUUAUUAUGAUUCUAUCUGUUCAUAAUGCUGUAAAUGAGUUUGGGGUGAGGAAGGGUUGGAUUCUUUUACUGUAUGUGUCGGAAGUAUUAAUGAGAAGCUAUCCUAAAAAGCGCUGUGAUUCAACUCUGCAAGUCUUGCAGACUUUCAGUAUGUAAACGUUCUUUCUUAGUCUUUCUUUAUUUCUUCUAACACCACCGAACCUAAACGGGCACUUUAUUGAUCAUGUCACCAUUUUUUUUUUCUUUGUGAACUUGAAUGUGAUUAUAUAUUGUUUCUUUAAUGGCACUCGGUGCAAUUUCUGUGGUUUAUAAUCUGCCUGCUGCUAACAUAUCAGUCGUGAAGCAGGGUUGCAGAUUGAAUUUUGCACCUACAGCUGAUCUGGAGUCAGCUUGACCGCUCUUCCUAUGGUUUGCUGUUGAAGGGACAGGUCGAGCCGGCAGCUGUUCCUGGAUCAGCUCUGUAGAAGCGAGCUCCACCUGGAGUAAGACUUCAGACUGAUUCUUUUUGUAUUUUCUGUUCUUCUGCAUCUCUCCUCACUCACACAUUUCGGGCCGCUUGAAUUGUAACGUGGCUCUGUAGGUUUGUAAUAAUAUGAUUCUUGUUAUUGCUAUGAAUGACCCUUUCUCUUUUUGUAGGGGCUGUUGUUUUUUAUUGAUGACGAACAUUUACUUUGUCUUGGAUCUUGCUCGGCGCAAGACCUUGCAAUUGGUAUAACUUCCUUCAAAAUAAACUGAUAAAUAGAAUCGGA